UCCAGGAGAAGGUGCAGGUUAUUUGUUGUUUGUGACUGAAAGCUAGUUAGUUAGUGCUAGACACGAGAAGAAAUAUUAGACAAUCUUUUUUUUGUGUUUUGCAACAAGUAUCAGCGGAUCGAUUUUGUUUAAUCUUUUAGGAUUUGCUUCGCUUUUGGGAUUUGCUUUGCUUAUUUGUGCGCAGGCGCACCAUAGCGACAGCUCGGUUGCUAGGGGGUGCGGCGGCCCGCUUUCGACCCAAGAACGGAGGCGGAGUGAUCCUGAAAUUUGGGCGCACAGCGGUUAGCUGCGGGAAGGAAAGCGGAACCCAGGCGACGUUAGCUGCCUAAUUUCUCUACGUAGAGCGCAGAAGAACCGUCUGAAUAACAAACAGUAACAAUGGCUGAUCAACUAACUGAGGAGCAGAUCGCUGAAUUCAAGGAGGCUUUCUCACUAUUUGAUAAAGACGGUGAUGGCACCAUUACCACCAAAGAGCUGGGGACGGUGAUGCGCUCUCUAGGGCAGAACCCUACAGAGGCCGAGCUCCAGGACAUGAUCAACGAAGUCGAUGCUGACGGUAACGGAACAAUUGAUUUUCCUGAGUUUCUCACCAUGAUGGCGAGGAAGAUGAAGGACACCGACAGCGAGGAGGAAAUCAGAGAAGCCUUCCGGGUUUUUGACAAGGACGGAAACGGCUACAUCAGUGCUGCAGAGCUGCGUCAUGUCAUGACGAACCUGGGGGAAAAGCUGACCGAUGAGGAGGUAGACGAGAUGAUCCGAGAGGCAGAUAUCGAUGGAGACGGUCAGGUCAACUACGAAGAAUUUGUCCAGAUGAUGACUGCAAAGUAAAACUGGAAACCCAAAGGACUACAGCAGACCAAACAGUGGGCAGCAUACUCACUGUCAACCUUCAACAAGCAUUCACACUGUCCUCCUACUGCUUUCCAUUACUUAGUUCUCACUCCCUUUUCCUCUUUCCUUCAGUUCAACUCUUCUCUGCUCUGCCUGUUUAUCCCCCCCAACUUGUUUUCCUCGUCUUCACCUCAUUAUUAUUAUUCCAUAAAAAUCAAAGAACUGUUUACAUAUAAUCUAAGAUAAGAAGAAAAAAAAAAACUUAAAUAUAUGAUGUAAUACAUGUAUCAAUAUUUUAAAAGUUAUAUAACAUAUACUAUGGCGAACAGCAAAUGCAUGCUUUAUUUGGUUUUGGCAUGUUUCUGUGCUUCUCUGCUUGCCUUGAUUUCGAACUUGCUCGCUCUCCUUUAACUCUGCAUGUUUCUCAUGCAACCUCUGCUCAGUGGUCUUAGAACUGUAUGGUGAACAACCAUUCAUGGAUAUCAGGGGCUUUUAAUGAUAAGUGGUCCAAAAAUGUACAUCUAGUGUUAGUUGAAUAGCUGCAGUUUAGUGUAAUUGAGUAUGUAGUAACUACACAGAAUAGAUACUGAGAACUUUUAGGGGAAAUAAAUAAAAAAAUUAAAUAAAUAAAAAUAAGGGUAGAAGAUUUGGCCUGGCGGGGGGGCAGCAAUAUUUUUGCAAGGAAUUGUACUACUUCUGCAUGCCUUUUAGAAAAGGACAAAGGCAGACACUAAGCGACAGGAUUUUAGUCUUAAAUACAAGCCUGUUCUUAAAAAGCUCUAUUGGUCCUGUCCCAAGUAAAUGCCAUGAUCUGUUCUAGGCUAGAGAGGUCUGAUGGCUCAUGUCGGAGGAUUUCCCAGCUGUAACACUUUUUUUUGUUUUGUUUUUUGUUUUUUUUUUUUUUUUUUUUCUUUUUCUAUAGGCUGAAUUUAGUUGUUUUGAGCGGUUGCUGUGUGUAAGUUUCGUAUUGACGAUGUAAAAUAACUUCCAUGUGGACGUAUGGUCUUUAGAUUUUUAUGCUGCACUGUGUCCAAUCCAUCCAUUCAUGUCCAGUAGCUUAUUCAGUGGACCAUUUCUGGGUUGGGAAUAAACGCACUUAAGCUGUGUACAACAUUCUUCCUGCAAGGUAUUGGCAAGCGUGCAUGGUGUACAUGGAGAAAACACAUCAUUAUGGAAACCUUGACCUUUAGCAAGAAAGGUAGUGAGAGUAGUGAUAAUGUUUAAAGGCAGGAUUGAAUUGAAUUGCCCAAUAACAACAAUUUUGUCAAUGUGCAUCAUUGGAAGGUUUAUAGUCAUUGUAGCACCUGCUUAACACUCGUCCAGUUAAUAAUGAGCAAAAUUAUUCUAUUCAAUUCAAUUUUUGAAUUGAAUUAUAAAUUCAAGUCGACUGUGGAGGCUGGUGCAUGGACAAAACCUGCAGGAAGGGUGAUGUACUAUGCUUAAAAUGCUGCAUCCUCUAUAGCGACAAUCUGUCUUUUCUACUGUUAUGAAUGUAUUUUUUUAAAUGUAAUUUUAACUGUUUAUUCUAAGGGCUGGUUUCCCAGAAUGAGCCUAACCUUGGACUAAAAAGGAGUUUCAAUGUAGAAUCACUGGCUUAGGCUAAGAUUGGGCUUAAUGCCUGGAAAAAACACCCUUCCUUCUUUCCUGCUCAUGUUGUCAUUUAGGGAGCAUUGAAGUUAUGCGUUCCAUUGCAGAACUGUUAUUCUUGCUAAAUAAACUUCUGGGACUUGUGUUUCUA